CACCCCAUUGAAAAAAUGGAUUUGGAUCAGUUGGACCUGAAUCCUAGAAUUAUUGCUGCAGUUAAGAAAGCCAAACUGAGGUCAGUAAAGGAGGUUCUGCAUCUUUCUGGACCAGACCUGCAGAGGCUGACCCGCCUCUCCGGCCCCGACGUGCAGCGCUUGCUGCGGGCGGCCUCCUCACACCUGCGGGGAAGCAGCGUCUGCACAGCCCUCCAGCUGCUCCGGCAGAAGUGCCAGCGCCUGAGCCUGGGCUGCCCCGUGCUGGACGGGCUCCUCCGCGGCGGGCUGCCCCUGGACGGCAUCACCGAGCUGGCCGGACGCAGCUCCGCCGGGAAGACGCAGCUGGCGCUGCAGCUCUGCCUGGCCGUGCAGCUCCCGCGGCGACACGGAGGCCUGGGGGCCGGGGCCGUGUACGUGUGCACAGAGGACGCCUUCCCCAGCCGGCGUCUGCAGCAGCUCAUCGCUCAGCAGCAGCGCCUGCGGACAGACGUCCCAGGGGACGUGGUCAGGAAAAUCCAGUUUGGCCACCAGAUCUUCAUUGAGCACGCAGCCGACGUGGACACCCUGCUGGAGUGUGUGCGUAAGAAGGUGCCUGUGCUGCUGUCGCGGGGCAUGGCCCGCCUGGUGGUCAUCGACUCCGUGGCAGCCCCGUUCCGUUGCGAGUUCGACCAGGCGUCCUCGGCCCUCAGGGCCCGGCGUCUGCAGGCGCUGGGGGCCGAGCUGCGCCGGCUGAGCUGCACCUUCCGGAGCCCCGUGCUGUGCGUCAACCAGGUGACGGAAUCCGCGGAGGAGCGGGGUGCGGCAGCCGGGCCGCCGGGUGUCGUGGGAGAGCGGGUGUCUCCGGCCCUGGGAAUAACCUGGUCCAACCAGCUCCUGGUGAGGCUGAUGGCCGACCGGCAGCGCCCUGAGGAGGCCGCCUCCGCCCCGCCCCGCCGCACCCUGAGGGUGGUCUCCGCCCCCCACCUGCCGCCCUCGUCCUGUUCCUACACGGUCACCGCUGAGGGUGCGGGGACGCCUGGAACCGAGUCCUGCUGA